AUGCCUGUGCGAAGCUUCAUGCGAUCCAACCAGACCUCUAUCAACAAGAGCUGCCAGAACACUUCGGAACACUUUCCUUACCCUCAGCACAGUUGUCCAUAUUGUCACAAAAUCUUCCUACGUAAACUCCACCUGGAAAACCAUGUUCACUCUGGGCAACUUCUUAAAAGCCCUAGUUUUGACCAGAGCGGAAUGGACAACACCCUGGACAAGAACCGCCAACACUGCUGUCCAUAUUGCUCGAAAGGUUUCAAUCGCAAACUUCACCUUGAGAACCACAUUCGAACGCACACGGGGGACAAACGGUUCCAAUGUCGGCAAUCGCAGAGAGUCGGACAAACACCGAGCCCGAGGGUAGAGGAGACCACAUGUACUCGAGCAGUUCAGCCAGGAAGUUCCAGUGCCAUUUCUGCGAUAAAGGAUUUCAUCGGAAACUGUUUCUGGACAAUCACAUAUGAACCCCCAACUGGAGAAAAACCGUUCAUUUUCCGCAUCUGUGGCAAGAGUUUCGGUGUGAAAUGCAGUCUGAGCAGGCACAUGCUCGUUCAUGCUGGUUUUGGGAGGACCAUGGUCAUCUUGGACCCCACGUACAGUCAAAACCAAAGGCACCAGUGCGAGAUCUGUCAAAAGUAUUUUCCGCGCAGGCUAGCCCUGGAGAACCACCUGCGCACGCUCACUGGCGACCAACCCUUUGCGUGCCCCAUGUGUGCCAAGCGCUUUGCCGUGAAGGGAAAUCUGAAACGCCACAUGGUUACACACUACAUGGACAAUUCACUGCCUAACAGUUCUUAG